AUGGCAUCUCUCAAAGGGCCCGGAGAACGAGAAGCAUACGAUGGCACCGGACUUCGCAUUGCCAUUGUCCAUGCUCGCUGGAAUACCACCAUCAUCGAUGCCCUCGUAUCCGGAGCGUACAACAGUCUCAUUUCAUCCGGGGUCUCAAAGGACAAUAUUGUCAUCCAGAGCGUGCCCGGUAGCUAUGAAUUGCCAAUUGCAGUUCAAAAUAUAUACCGAGCAUCCCACGUCCAAGCCGCCGCAAGUUCUACUACAGGCGACAUCGCCGCAACCGACCUCCUGUCCUCAUCGACGAGCGACCUGACACAACAAGCCACCACCAGAACAACCGCAGCUUCGACGGCACCAUUCGAUGCCGUCAUCGCCAUUGGCGUGCUCAUCAAGGGCGAAACAAUGCACUUUGAGUACAUUGCCGAUGCUGUGUCGCACGGGUUGAUGAAGGUGCAGCUGGACGCCGGUGUCCCCGUUGUCUUUGGGCUUUUGACGCUGUUGACUGAAGAGCAAGGUCUGGAGCGCGCUGGGUUGGGAAGUGGUAAGAAGCAUAACCAUGGCGAGGACUGGGGUCAUGCCGCUGUGGAAUUGGCUCUGAAGCGGAAGGGGUGGGCUGAAGGUAGGAUCGUUUCUUAA